AUGGACGUUCCCGUGAAGCACUCGGAUGCAAUAGCAGUUCCCGUAAUUUUUCCGAAACUACCGACAGUAACACGAGACGAAUGGGGUAUGAGUCUUGUAACCGUCAAUAUACCGAAGCUAGAAGACUUAUUAAUCUUUAUUGAGCGACGUGCCAACAACAUAAGCUCCACCCCACGGUCCGUAAGCAUUCAACACUCGUCGCGUCGUAUAGCCUCUCGUACAGUCAAGGCGCAUGAUGCAUCCGCAAAGUCAGCAUCUUCCGCAAGUACAACGGCUGCAGAUGUUACUUGCCCACAGUGCUCGGGCAACCACCGUCUCAUGAAGUGCCAACGUUUUCACAACCUGCAAGUACAGGAACGCUGGGAAGUUGUUAAGCGCCUAGCAGUAGGUUUUAAUUGUCUUCGAUCGGGGCAUACCGUUCGUCAGUGCUCCUCUGGUGUGUGUUCCGGUUGCCAGCAGAAACACAACACGCUCCUCUGUCGCAGUGCAGACACCACGCACAUGGUUAGUCAAGUAAAUACAUGCGCCUCACCGUCAGCACCCGCAACAGCAGUUAGUCCUACAUCAUCAUCUAAUUCACACACUGUGGCGCCCCCUAGCUCUGCAGGACCACAAGUGUAUUCACGUAAUCAAUGA